UUAAUAAGACUGCGUCAAUUUUGACUCUGCUAGUACCCAAUCUUUGUUCAUGGAUUAUCAGAAUCGAGUUGGUUCCAAGUUUGGAGGUGGAGGUGUUGCUGGUGCUUCGGAGACGAAUGUCGACAGGCGGGAGCGCCUCCGAAAGCUUGCACUCGAAACCAUUGAUUUGGCGAAGGAUCCAUAUAUUCUCCGCAACCACCUUGGGUCUCUCGAAUGUCGUCUAUGCUUGACCCUUCACACCAAUGAGGGUUCUUACCUUGCACAUACACAAGGGAAAAAGCAUCAAACAAACCUUGCUCGCCGCGCAGCCCGCGAUGCAAAAGACACACAACUCAUGAUUGCACCUGCACAAAGUAAUAUUCAACGAAAAGUCUUCCUCAAGAUAGGUCGCCCAGGGUACCGCGUCACAAAAGUUCGCGAUAGGGAUACUGGAAAGGAAGGCAUGAUGGUUCAAGUGCAUCUACCUCAAAUCAAGGAUGGCGUGGUCCCGCGACGUCGAUUCAUGAGCGCUUGGGAACAAAAACGGGAGCCACCCAACAAAGCCUAUCAAUAUUUAAUUGUAGCGGCUGAACCCUACGAAACUAUCGCCUUCCGUAUCCCAGCUCGUGAAAUCGAGGAUGAAGCUGAUGAUGCUGGAUACUGGAAUUGGUCCCAUUGGGAUCCGGACACAAAGCAGUACAGUUUCCAAUUCAUGUUUCGUCUCGCUUAUUGAUGUAUCCUCACUCUGGCCUGUAAGUAAUAGUAUCGCCGGAAUACGUAGUACACUUGCUCCCUGCUAUCGCAGAACGUCACCAAAAU